AAACAAUUAGAAAAAUGGAACCACAUCCCUACCAAAAGUCUUACACUCCAGAAAGAUCAAGAUCUGUCAUUAAGAAUGCACAUUAUUGGAAAAAUAGCAGCUGGAAAACUCUGUCUCAGGAUACAGAUUCCAACUCAAAAAUUUAUUCAAAUCAAAUAUUCUUACAAAAUAGUCAGAAUCGUAAUGCUGCCCGAAAGAACGCUACAUUUACAACACCCUAUGGAAGAUUUGCAAAAACUCCUUCCAUGAUACGAAACAGCUCUUCCCAACCCCCAGGCUGCCACCACCCUACCCACCCCAAACACACCCCCACUCAGUCACAACACCUAUCCAAAAACCUUGAAAAUGAAUUUGAAUCCAUGCUUGAGUUAAAGUGCAAGAGAAGAAAAUAAAACAACUCAGGAUAAAAGAUCCAUGUCUGUUCAUAGAAUAGAUGACAAGUUGAUUAAUGAAAUAAUUGAUUUUACAAGGAAUCUAAAGCCAACCAAAAUUCCAGUGAGAAAAUUCCCAAAAAGCCUUCCAAAAUUAAGACCGAAUCUUCAAAAUAAUACCAGAAACGAUUCAAUAAACUAUUCAAUUGAUCACCCCGAAGAAUCUCCUAUCAUAAAUAAACAAAACCCCCAAAUCCUAAUCAUGCCAAAUGUAGUCCAAACAGACCUUCCUGACCCUAAAACCCUAAUCUCCCAGCUAAAAUAAGAGAAACCACGCCGCUCUCCACUCUCAAAAACAAAUCCCUCCUUUCCCCAUCCCAGAUCCCCUAAAAUCCCAAGAAGCCGCCCACAAGCGGCUUCUAACCAGCCAAGACCUUCUUGACAUCCCCAAGCCAGAUAAUACGAUUGAAGCUAGGCUUGAGAAGUUCUUGGAGCAAUUGGAUUCUGUUACUGAAGAGAUGUAUUUCACACUCCCACAAACCUGAACCAAAUAAAAACCGAAAGCGUAGCUAUAUGAAUAGAACAACGGGAAAAGAAGGUAUUCUAAAAGGACGAAAAAGAUUUUCACAAUUAGGAAACGAGCUAAGCGUUAAUGUCAAUAUGUGUGAAGAGGUAGAAAAUAUGCUAGAAAUGGAGAAGAAUAGGAGACACAGCACUCAAAUUAACAAAGACUCAUUUUUGAUUCGGAGGAAGUCUUUUAACCCAGAUUUGGUGAAUCGCUUGAACUCAUUCGAUCCAAACAUACACCUAACCUCAAAACUCACUCGCAAAAAGACCUCCCAGCUCUCAAUAGACGCAACUUUCUCUAAAACAUCAAACCUAAAAUCCCACACCUAUAAAGCCCCAAACUCGCCUCACCGUCAAAAGACUUUAAAACCCACCAAAAUCCUCUUGUCAAAAGCAGCUACAAAUCUUCACAGAGCCAAAAAUAGCCUCCCCUCUCAUGACCAGAGCAACACAGGAAAGCGCCAAGAAGUCAUAGGAGAUAAAGAACAGAAGGUUAAAGUAGAAAUGGGAUCCAAGGAAUGGAGAAGGAAGGUACAGAAGAAUAGGAAACAGAUGAUGCAGAUGAAGAGGAAGUGGGAAGAGGAAAAGAAACAGUUAAACCAAAUUGAUUUCUCGCAAGGAAGUGAACCUCCUCUGCAAUCAAUAGACGACCAGGAUUCUCAAAAAUCCAAAGCUCACAAUGGGAUUUUAUUAACUGAGAAUAUCUUCACUGGCGAAGCUCAUGAUGCAGAGUAUGCCCAAAUGGCUGACCACGAGCAAGACAUAAGAAAAAAUAGAGCAGAGAAAGGAGCUAAUCAAGAAAUUAAUGAUACCAAGAUGCUAGAAGCAGAAUUAACAAGUGAGGUCAAUGCUAAGAAGCAGUUUUAUCAAGUAGCAAAAUAAUGUUCUCAACAGUGGAAUGUUAGAUAAAUUUCUGGGAGUAAAGUUCUCGAAAACUGAGAAGAAGAAAUACACUAAAAAUAAUGUAAAGAAUAAAUUGGCGCAGAUGAAAUUUAUUCAAAAAUGCAAAGAAGAAAAUGUUCUAGCAGUACCAGUCAUUAAUAAACUGAAGGAAAAGAAACUCAUAUUAGAAAACUACCGUAUGAAUGAAGGGCUCGCCAAAGCUUUAGAGGCGGCCAUAGAGGAACUUGCUGAAUAUAUUGAGGUUAUCGCCCUCAAAAGUAAUGAUAUGAACGAUGCUUCCUUAUCCAAAAUUAUAAAUGGAGUAUCGAGCAAUCCUUAUAUGAAAACCUUGAAAAUAGAAAACAACAAACUUGAUGAAGAAUGUGCUAAAUCUUUAAAAGCCCUACUCUGUGAAUUUGAUGAAAAACUUGGUCGAAGGAAGAAAUCUCAUAUUGAAUCCAUCUCAGUCCAUGAUUGAUUUAUGAGGCCUAUAAAUAUUGAAAUUUUCACUUCCUCGCUUCCUGAUAAUAGGACUAUUAAGGAACUGGUCCUUACAACAGUAAAAUUGAAUAGCUUAAGCACGAAGAACAUUUGCACGUUUAUUAGCGAGAAUUAUAGCUUGAGAAAGCUAGAUCUCUCAUGGAAUGAAAUAUUUAUGUCAGAUCUUGGUAAUCUGACAGAAUCUAUCGGAAAUGUGACCCAUAUUCAGUACUUGAGUCUAGCAGCAGUACCAUUCAGCGGUCCGAAUAAUACAAAAAUGGCAACUCACCUUAGCACUAUUUUGAGGAAAUCAUUAGUUCAUUGAGAUUUGAGUGGAUGCAAUCUGAGUCAUGAAUGCUGAUUAAUUCUCGCAAAGGCCAUGCGUUAUUCACGUACCUUGGUAGCAAUUCAUCUUUCUGCUAAUAAUAUGUCAUCUUAUACAAAGGAGGAAAUGAUGGAUGUUUUCACAGAGAAAUCUUCAGAGAUAGAAAGAACGGAGACCUUGAGUAACUUACCCUCAAAGGUUCAAAAUUCACCCUCCAAUGACUACAAACUUAAAGUUAGUAUGCAGAGACAGAGAAGGAUGCAGAGGACAAGCAUUAACAAAAAUAAUGCAGGUGUAAAGGAGACCAUUGACGACAGAGUUAUCUUCACCCGCAUCCUUGGCCAUAUAGAGAUCAAAGGAAGCCAUCGAUGGAAACUUACAAAGAAGUGCUGGAUCUGUGCAAAAUGGAACUACACAGUCUUUAUAGCCAAUAAAAGGGUCAUGGAUAAGUUAAUGAACAAAAAUUUUGAUACUCUUAAAUAUAAGCAGGCAAUCGAGAAUGCAAGAAACAAUGAAGAAAUGACUGUUAUUAGUAGCACUCCAGAGAUUUCAGGCAGCUUUACCUCUUGGAAACCUAUAAAAAUGAUGCCAAUACUAGACUACUGAGAAUAUGUCUCCAGGAAUGGUCUUCCCUCAACAAGGUUCUAUAUUGAAGCUGAUGGGUCAAUGUAUAACAAACUAGCUAGAGCAUUCACCAGAGACAUUCAGCUGAUAAUGAAGAAGAAAUUCUGUCUUAGAAAAGUAGAAGAGCCCACAGUUUACAAAAUCAGGGAUGAUAUCAUAUCACAGAAGAAGGUCAUAGAGGAAGAAGAGAGGAAAAGAGAAGAGGAGCUAUACACAACUAAACUUGUAAAGAAGAAAAGUAUCAAGAAAAAGAAAAAUGAUACUAAUCCAAAUCCCAGUUUGACCCUGAAAGACAAAGCUGGAUUAGAGCAUGAAGAAAAUAAUCAGGGUAGCUUUGAACCUGAAGAAGAAAGAUUUGGGUUUGAGAGAUGGACUGCUAUUGCUAAGAAGUUUUUUGAUACAGAAAAAGCAAUUGAAGUCUUUAAUCUUUGAGAUAUUUUCGAGUUACACUAUCAGAGUAAUUCAAGAACUAUCAAAUCAGAAAAGAGUAACAGUCAUGAUGAAGAAUACUAUAUUUAUGCAGAUUAUCUACCUCCAGAGAAGCACGAAUUCUGAAUUGAUCUCAACCCAACGAGAUCUGCUGAAGACAAUCUUUACCAUUUUAGUUUCGUAGUUCCUUUCAGAGAUAGUGAACAUAAAGUUAAAGAGAAGCGUGUGAAGAAAAGAAUGGUGUUGCAUAAAUUCAUUAAAAAGAACAGUGUCUUUCGGGCUUGGAAAGAAGAUAAUCAAGAUAGGCUCUCUCGAGCAUUUGAGCUAGACAUGCAUCAUUCCAAGAUAGCUAAAUUUACUGGAACUAAGGAUGUCUAUGAAGAAGUUACUGAUGUGCUAUAUAAGCACACUCGCAAGAUUAAGGAUUUAUUCACAUAUGGAAUAGGAAAUUCCUCUUUUCCAAGUAUUUCAUGGCUGGAUUUCUGAGAUAUGUGUAAAACAUGGAAAAUCGUUGACAAAAAUCUUAAAUUUUCUACUAUAGAUAGGGUCUUUAUUGUCACUAAUUUUGAAGAAGUUGAACAAGAAGACAACCCAGAUCGAGACCUCUGUCGUUAUGAGUUUUAUGAAAUAAUUGCAAGAUUAGCAAGGGAGAAGUACUACAACACCAAAAUAUAUAGUUCCCUUGCUGAAGCUACAGAGAGAUUUUUGGAGGAUAUUUUUGAUAGAUGAGACCAUUACUGGUCAUGGCAAAAAUGGAGAGAAGAAAAACUUUGGACUUAUAGAGUAGACCAGUUGUUUAAAGCUAAUUUACCCCAACUUCAGAAGAUUUAUAAAUCAUAUCAUAAUCAUGGAAAGAAAUGGAUGGAUUUGGAUGAUGUAACUGAUCUGAUAACUCGUGCAAUGCCAGAGAUUGUUAAUACAACAGAAAAAGCGAAUAAUGAAGAGAGCAAACUAAAUGAAAAAUUCAAGUCUAAGAGCAAAGUCGGAAAAGAUGAAGAUGACAGCUUAAAACCAAAGAAUAUUAUUACCCUCUCUUACUGAUACUCAAAAAUGACUGUAAUCGAUGAAAUGGGAGGAGACAAGGACAAUUAUGACAGACUACAAUUCGUAGAAUUCCUAGAAUUCAUUGGAAGAAUUGCCAACACCAUAGACUCUCCCAUCCCUUCAAGCCUCACAUCUCCAUCUACCCACUCCUCUUCCCAUCACCUAGGUCCCAAACUCUGCACCAAAAUCUUCAAAGUCCUCUCUAAAAUCUUCAGUCUCUACAACACAACCCCUCUACCCGCCCAGUCCCACCUCGAAGUUUACUCAGAAUCCGACUCUGAACCGUACAAAUCCUAAAAUCCCAAAAAUUCCAAAAAUGUAAAAAUUUUAAAAAUUAUCCAAUAUAAGCCAUUUUUGAGAGAAAAUCCUUGCCAAGUUCACUCUUUGGCUUAGAGUCUUUUUGGGUUUUCCUCUUUUUUAAGUUUUGUUCGAAGUUUUUGGAGAAGGAAUUUGAGGUUUUAAGCCGUUUUUGGGGAGAUUUCUUGGAUGUGCUCGUUUUGGGUUUGGAUUUGGACUUGGGCUUAGGGUUUGGGCGAGGCUUGGGCUUGGAUUUGGAUUGUGGAGGGAUUUUGGGCUUAGUGGGGAGUUUGAGAGGAAUUUUUGGGACCUGGGGAGGAGCAGAAGGGGGUAAAGGGGCUGUAGAGGAGGAAGGAGAAGGGGAAUUUGGAGGUGAGCUCGGUUUUUGGAGAUUUUUGGGCGUUUUUAUGGGAGGUGAAAGAGUAGGGGUUGGUUGGGGGGUUGGAAGGGUAUAGAUCAUUCUGAGACGUUUUAGAGUGGUUUUAUAGUCUGCUAGAACUCCUGAGAGGUGUUUGGUUUUGGUUUCUAAUUUUUCUAAAAAUUUUGAUUUUAUAUCAUUUUCACUAGAAACUCUAUAGAUCAUACUUGAAAGGUGCUCAAUCAGUAUUUCUUGCUCUUGCUGAUUUUGACGAAUUUUAAAGAGUUCAUCACUAGAUAUAUUCAUUGGGGUUGCCUCUGUCUGAGAAAUAGAUAGUUCUGCUAUGAGUGGAUCUAACUCCUCAGUUCCAUUGGUGAAGGAAUUAGCAAUGCUUGAUCAAAGAUAAUUGGCGAAAUUCUGAUUUCAGAUAUUUCCUCCCAAGCUAGGACUAACUGUGGAAGUUUUGAUCCCACCUGACAUGUAAUGAUUAGAAAUCAAUACAUUUCAGCUUUCAUUUAGCAAAGCUAUUUUGUCAUCCUUAAUCUUAUUGUUAAAAUUUCAAAGGUUAAUAUAAGAAGCUUCAUCUUGAAAAUCUUUGGCAGAAACAAUAUAACUUAGAUGCUCUUGGUGCUUUUUCUUCUGGUAUGAUGUAAUGAAUCCCCAGCACAUGAUUCAAGCAGAUCUCUUAUUAUUUACUCGCAUAGUUGCUCUCUACGGUCUUGAUAAACUUUGCAUACUCAUCUGAUUCUCUGGAAACAUAAGUGAUGUUCUGGGGCUCUCUGAAAGGAAGCAUAAUGCUAAUUCUUACUGAAGUCUUAUCUAAAGUUUAGUCA